AUGUUUUUUAGUAAAAAAACUCCGAUGACAACAGCAACAAAUGCAUCAAGCAACGAUUCCGACGAUGAGUUAGGAGGAAUAUGUCUGAUUGAUUAUGAUGCAGCGUCUGAUGAAUGGAUCGAUGAUGAUGAAAAUAGUGAUUUAGAUGAUGAAGAUUAUGUACCAAUGAUAUUCGAUGAAAAUGAAAGUGAUUCUUAUUCAGAUAGCAGUGACGAAGAUGAUGAUGCUUCAACACAUGCUCAAUCUGAACAAGAUCAUCAAUCACAAGAAGGAGACAAAGAACAAGAAUUACAAUUAGUAUUAUCAAAUCCUGAUGAAUUAAAAUAUAAAAUAUCUUCUUUACUUAAAAAAAAAUCGUAA